AAUGUUGAUUAAUUACCAAAGACAGGUCAUAGUAGGAAGACUUUCUGCUACAAAUCUGAGACUCGGGAAUUAAAGUCAUGGGUCCCAAGACGGCCGUUAGAUCCUACAAAGGUUCGUCAAAAUCUGGUGGAACAGCUAAUAGGAAAAUUGCUUUUGUAGCGUUUGCGUUAGAUGGAAUAAUUCUUCUCGUAGCUGUUUAUCUUUUUGCUACGAUACCAUCGUGUGGGGAAAGAGGUAAUCAGGAUGACAAUUUUGGAUAUGGCGAUGCCGUUGCAGAUUAUAACUAUUCCGAAGCUGGAAAAAUUGAUAUCCAAUUCAAUGGAAACGAUUCAAUUAUAUUCAAUCAAUUCGAACCAUCUUCGUAUGACUCAAGCUAUGCUUCAAAUUAUGACAUGUCGUCUUAUGGUUACUAUGGCUCAGAUAUCGAUUCAUAUUAUGGCUAUGGAAGUAGUAACGCAUAUGAUUCUACAUACGGAUCAAAUUAUGGAAACGGAGACAUGUCCGGUUAUGGCUCAACAUAUGGUACAGGACCUGUAAUAGCUAAUAUCCUUAACUCUUCAUAUGCUUCCAGUUACGGACCAGGAUAUACCACUGGAUCAAUGUAUGGAACUGAUUCUACAUAUGGACAGACGUAUGGUUCCGGAUAUGAUCCUACUUAUGCAUACGGCUAUGGUUAUCCUUAUGAAUCAAGCUAUGCGGGAUCCGCAUCGCAGUAUGGCUAUUACCCAACUAAUGGAUAUGACUAUUCGAACUCGGGUGGUUAUGGUACCGGUUCUCCGUAUGAUUAUAAUAACGCAUACGGCUAUGACUCGUCUCAUUCUGGUAGUUAUGGCACAAGCUCUACAUACGACUCGACUUACGGGUCCUGGUACGGAACCGAUUAUGGAACUGGUUAUGGUUCCACUUAUGGUUCAAUGUAUGGAUCCGGCUAUGGCUCUUCAUAUUCUGGUAGUUAUGGCGCAGGUUCUACAUAUGAUUCGAGUUAUGGGUCCAGCUAUGGAACCGGAUACGAUUCAAAUUAUGGCACAGGUUCUACAUAUGGUUCGAGUUAUGUGCCCAGCUAUGGAACGGGAUACGAUUCAACUUAUGGCACAGGUUCUACAUAUGGUUCGAGUUAUGUGCCCAGCUAUGGAACGGGAUACGAUUCAACUUAUGGCACAGGUUCUACAUAUGGUUCGAGUUAUGUGCCCAGCUAUGGAACGGGAUACGAUUCAACUUAUGGCACAGGUUCUACAUAUGGUUCGAGUUAUGGGCCCAGCUAUGGAACGGGAUACGAUUCAACUUAUGGCACAGGUUCUACAUAUGGUUCGAGUUAUGGGCCCAGCUAUGGAACGGGAUACGAUUCAACUUAUGGCACAGGUUCUACUUAUGAUUCGAGUUAUGGAUACGGAUACGAUCCAACUAAUGGAUACAAUUAUGGCACAGGCUCUACAUAUGAUUCAAAUUAUGGAACUGGAUAUGAUUCCACUUUCGGACAUGACACUACAUUCGAUUCGAGUCAUGGUUCAAGCCCUGUAGCGGGGCACGGAUCCAGUUACGACUCUUCAGGAGCUUCAGGAUAUGGAUCAAUACCAGAUAUUGGUUCAAGCUACGAAGUCGCGCAGUCGCCCGGCGAAACAGGCGAGGCAAGCGCAAUCAGUGGAAUAAAUGUGGGUACAGAGUCUCAUGUUGGAGGAAGUGCAGAUGGAGAAUUUUCUCCUGAUGGAGGGACAACUGAACAAGGCAGUUCGUCGGCUUCCGGAGAUCUUGUACAACUAAUGCCCGAAGACAAAUUUAGCAACACAAAUUUCAAAUGCGGAGUUCCAAAAAUUAAACCAAAUCUCGGAAAAGGAAGAGUUGUAGGAGGCUCGGAAGCUGUCAAGCACAGCUGGCCGUGGAUAGCACAUGUAAUGAACAAGUUUCCUCGGGUUUACGGCUAUUUGAAGCACUGUGGAUCAACAAUCGUAUCCCCUCGACACGUGAUUUCAGCUUAUCAUUGCUUCACUGAAGAGAGAAAUUGGAAAGAUGAAAUGUUUGUAUUCGUAGGAAAACAUGAUGAAUCAAUUCCAGGAACGAAGUAUGCAAUAGCAAAUGUUCGAAUUCAUCCUAAAGGAGAAGUAGACCCUGAUCUUUAUUACGAUCUCGUCAUUGUUACUACUAAAGAAGAAGUGAAAUUCAGUGACAUAGUUCAGCCGGCAUGUCUUCCAAAACCACGUGUAGUUAAAUCCAGUGGAACCUGGUGCUGGGCGUACGGUUGGGGAUUUGUUGAGGGGACUGGAGCUGAAGAUCAAUUAAAACAAGUAAAACUUCAAAUUGGAAGUGAAGAAGAAUGCAGAACGGCUUGGGGGUAUCCUCCCCAAGUUAACUUGUUGGACAAAGAAGCUGUGGUUUGCGCAGGAAAUGAGAAAGGACAAGAUACUUGUCAAGGUGACAGUGGAGGUCCUUUAACCUGCGAUGAAGAUGGUAAAGCCUUUUUAUAUGGGGUAGUUAGUUAUGGACAAACCUGUGGUUCUGGCAUAUAUGGAGUUUAUGCUGCCGUGUCUUUUUCUAUGGAAUGGAUUUGUUGUUAUAUGCCGGAUAUUCCCAGUUGUGAGGGUGUUAAUUGCAAUCCUAAUGGAUGAAAUCGGCGAUUGUGUAAAAUAUAUGCAAUAUAUACAAUUAAUAUGAGA